GUUUGGGGGGAUAAUCCUGUUCCGCCCAUUUGACAGAAUAGAAUUGCACCGGCUCGUGCGCUGCGGCACCAAGUGGUGCGCUUUAUAAAAGGGGGGUGAUGCGAGAAAUUUCUCCGGCGCGCCGCCGCGGUUGAGCCUCCCUCACGAAAGCACCAGCAAAAGCUCCGAAUAAUAUACCCUUUUUCUUCUUUCUUUCCUCGCUCCCUCCAAUAACCCGCUCCAUCCACCAAAGUAAUUAGCCAAUCCAUUUGUAUUUAUUCCCCAAAGAGACGACGAACGGAAUGCCCUGUUCUCUUUUCUCUGACGGGACGCAGACGCUACUUGUCUCUCCCACUCGCAUGGCGGUUCCAAGUGUUUGGUGCCUUCUCGUCCUCCAACUGGUCGUCAUGGCCGCUGGCCCUUGCGGGGCCUCGGUGCGCGUCAUCUCCCGGAUCGCCUUCGGCUCUUGCGCUAACCAGAGCGCUCCUCAGCCUAUUUGGAAUGCCAUCACUGAUUUUGAUCCCCAGCUUUUUAUUUGGUUGGGGGACAAUAUUUACGGAGACAACAAACAUCCGUUUAAGUUAUUUGGAAAGGAAAGGACUAUUGGGCCGUGGAAGAAUGUGGAAAGAUUCUUCCCUGCGACAGAGCAGGAAAUGCGGCAAAGAUACGAGAUGGCCAAGAACAACCAAGGAUAUUCUAAGCUGAGACAGAGGGCUCAGGUUAUUGGCACAUGGGAUGACCAUGAUUAUGGAUUGAAUGAUGCAGGGAAAGAAUUUAGUGGGAAAGAUACAAGCCAAAGGCUUCUUUUGGACUUCUUAGAUGAAGCCCAAGAAAGUCCUCGGCGAAAGCAAGCUGGUGUGUAUGCUUCUUACUUAUUUGGCCCCACGGGGAAGCAAGUAAAGGUUAUUCUUUUGGACACAAGAUACCACAGGGAUCCAGUGUUCAGUGAUGGUACUAUAUUGGGGGAAGCUCAAUGGAAAUGGUUAGAAGCAGAAAUAAAGGGUCCUGAAUCAGAGGUUACCAUCAUUGCAUCUUCUAUUCAGGUGAUAUCAAAUCUUUCUGCAACAACUGGUCCCAUGUUCUAUAUGGAAUCUUGGGGACGUUUCCCAAAGGAGAGGCAGCGGUUAUAUAAAUUGAUAAAUGACAGUAAGAGACACGGAGUAUUCUUCAUAAGUGGUGAUAUUCACUUCGGAGAAAUCUCACGCUAUGACUGCGGUUGUCAGUAUCCACUGUAUGACAUAACCGCAAGUGGGCUUACUCAAGCUGUGGAGAAGGCUGUGCCUCCACCAUUAGCUUUUGUUGUGAGAGUCGUAGCAUGGUUGACACCAAGUACAAUGAGAGUUUUUGCCCCAAUUUGUCGAUACAGAUCAUGCACAUAUGGUCAACCAAAUUUUGGGGCAAUUGAAAUAGAUUGGGAUGCAGUUCCACAGAGGAUCAAAGUUGAAGUGAGGGAUGAGAAUGGAGAUCCAGUUACCGGUGUAGAUUUCUUGCUUUCCGAGUUGCAUCCAAGGAGCAUGAACAUGGCUGACAGAGAGAAAGGCGGAUAUCAACAGCACUGCUCUCUCGAAAUUGAUCUUCCGUGGAUUCUCAGAUAUCGCCUGGCUUUUCUGUUUUUUGGAACUAUAUCUGUUUUUGUUGCUGCUUCUGCUCUACUUGCAUAUAUCAUCAUAUCCAUUAGCAUGAAAUUCAUCCCGAAAAGUAAGAUUGAUUGACAAGCAAGCAGAUACUUUAAAUGGAAAGAUCGGAUCUUGAUCAUCUUGGUUGUCGGUCAAACUUACCAACUCAAAUCAUUGCAGAUAUUCUCUGUAUUCUUCAUGCUGACUGGACAAUUUUGUCUUCUCAAUACACUGUGCUAUAUUUGCAGCACAAGUGACUUCAGCUUCCAUAGCCUUUUUCCUCAAUGGCAUUGACAAUUUGUUUCUUUUUGGUACUCUGUAUUAACAAUACUGAUUUUAUGCAACAUGUUAACUGGAAUCCAUACUUAUACGGUACAAGCAUUGUUUCACUAUUUCCCAUGUUUAAUACUUGUAACAUUGUCAUCUACUAAAAGUACUUUCAAUGUCAUAAUAUUGUAGUUUUCAUUACUUGCUACUGACCUACUUGUGGUUCAUUUGAGGAAUCCAUUUAUGUGUACCUAUCAAUUGACGAAAGGAUAGGCUCGAAUUUAAAAAUAGCUGGAAGAACAAUUAAUGUCUGCAUCACAUAAUCUGCAAGGGACAAACUUUAGCCAGCCCAUCAGAGCAAAAUAAGGGCAGGAAGAAUGGAAAGAGAGCGUUUAGGGUUUGAAGUUCUUCAUUUUAUAGCCUGUCACCCUUCGUAUCAAAUCUUCUAACCAUCUACCAAAAAUGUUGGUUUUGACUCCUAGUUUAAAGACCACUAACAAAGUAAAAACACAGCCUGCUCAGAGAUGCCAAAGAAAAAAUGUUGGUUUUGACUCCUAAUCUAAAGACCACCAACAAAGUAAAAACAAAAGGCCUGCUCAGAGAUGCCAAAGGACCGGCCAAAAAAAAUGUGGAAGAUUUAAAGAUUUAGAGCACUUCAGGUGCACAACUCCAAGAUUUAUGUGAAUAUUACCAUUAAGGCCUUGAGCGGCCUAGAAUUCAUACAAAAAGAACAAUCCAUCUAUGAGGGUCAAGAAUGUUUUGGUGGAAGAACCAUGAUGCUGAUUGCUAAAAACCACAAGGACUUAACCGGUCACCAGAACCACUUGAGUAAACGGAAGAAUCAAACGAAUGAGAAAGGUUAAGCCCACAAAUAUAUAUACAAGACAUCAACCAAAUAAAGAAGAGAAGAAAACAGCAAGACUGCCUAUCAUCCCUAUUUCCUAAGAAAAGAAAAGAAAAGAAAAAACAAGGCAACUCACCAUAGAUAAGAAGAUAGGUUUCCCUAUUUCCUAAGAAAAGAAAAGAAAAAAAACAAGGCAACUCACCAUAGAUAAGAAGAUAGGUUUCUUAUGAGAACAGUGUAUGUGUUACAGAACAAAGAUCAUGAAAUAU